CACUUGAAUGUUUGAGCUGCUAAGUGUCAAGUUAGUGUGUUUAGAUGUGUGUCGAAAUAUGUAGAUUAGGAAAAAAAGAAUUAGUAAAUUGAAUAUAAAUUAACGCGGAACAUAACGUAAAACAAAUGAAGUAAUUAAUGAAUAUUCUGUAGUGCUAUUGUAAUUAGAAAAUACUAUGUCGGCAUUAAACGUUGCUCCUAUCACUGCUACCGACAGUUUGUCGCAAGCGUUAAAAGCUAACAUAAUUCCAAACCAAGAAUAUUUACUACAGGGUUCAGUCUUAGAUUCUGCUGUUGAGGUUUUGUUACAUAGAUUAAGAGGCCUGUGUGAUAAUGUUGACGCUGGCCCAGAAACAUUUGAUGAUCAGGAAGUUUGUUUUAGCUUACGGGAUCCAAACCAGCAAAUGGCACCACUUAUGCUUCGAGUUAGAAAGGCUCUAGAUGCAAGGGAUAUGCCGUACCAGCUGAGAUAUAUUGGACAACCUGACUUGGGAGACAAGAAUCGACCAACUGUCGUCAGAUCUAGUUUGGAUAUAGCUUGCAGUGGAAUGCUCAUUGAAUUUCUCAAUGAACUUGGCUGUAGAAUUGAGUUUGAAUAUAGUGUUAAAGGUUAUAUGUUUAGAAAGGGAAGAAUGAAGAUAACAGUUGCAAAAGUUUUCAAGAUAUCCCAAAGUUCAAUGCCUCCUGAGCCAAUAUCACAGAGCUAUCUUGUUGAAUUGUCGGUUUUAGCACCGCAGGGUCAAGAUGCUAUAGGAGAAGACAUGCGUGCCUUUGCGGAUCAGUUACGACCGCUGGUACAACUCGACAAAAUAGACUACAAAAGGCUUGGCCACAUGGCGGUUACUUAGCCUUGUUUUAUUUAGACAUCAUCCUCUUUUUUUAUGAACGAAGUUUUUACAGCAAUUGCAAAUCAUUAAAGGUAUUUUAAUGUAAGGUGGUACUUAUUAAAAAA